UACUGUGUGAUGUAACUAUUUUCAUUGACUGUCAGCUGUGCAGUUGCAUGCACAAACUUUGAGAUAAUAAUCAUAGUAACGCACUAGUGAGCAUAGUAAACAGUAACCAUCAAACGAAUUCCAACAACAAACUGCCAACUACAAAUGUCAUUGAUUUUUUUCUGACGUUUCUAUGGCAACUAAAUAAUAGUGACUUAAAUUGUAAUUUUCAAUUGUAGUAAGCAAAUAUAUGUUCAGAAAUGUCAGAUCAUACGGAAAAAUAUAUUUUCGAAGCGGAAUGGUUUGACAAUGCGUCUGGAAUUUUCAAAAAAUUUUAUUUAUACUAUUUUCCUGCUGACAACACUAUUGAACUGUUUGACAUAAAAAACAAGAAAGUAUUUCUCCGUCGAACGAAAUGCGAAGGAGUUAAUUUGAAAAAUUUAUUCAUCGGCUCAGUUGUCACGAUAUUUUCUAGGCCGAUGAAAAUAAUCGAUAUAGCUGAUGGUGCAACAAGAAGUCGAUUAAGUAAAACGAUGCAAAAGACAUUUGCUCUAUUGACACCGGAAUUGAUAAACAAUAUGGGAGAAAUAUUUAAAAUAAUAGCGGCGCAUAAUCUCCACAUCGCAAACGUGAAAAUGUGUAUGCUGGAGGAGUCUGAUGUCGAAAAAAUUCACAAACACGAUAAUAUCUCUCACAUGAAAUAUAUCUUAACUUCGAAGCCAGUCGUGAUGUUGAUGUUGAUAGGUGACAAUGCAGUAAAUCGUUGGAAUGAAUUAAUUAAUUUUAAUGAUAUUUCUGGUGGGGAAAAGUCAAAAGUGUCUUUACAUGAGCGAUUCGCUAAAGAUGCUAGAGAUAAUUUGUUUUAUGGCUCGCCGAAUGUUGACGCUGCUGAACAAGAACUAGAUUAUUUCUUCCCAACCUCAAAAUUAAAAAAACACAAAUUUCGAAAUACGGCAACACUCAAAAAUUGCACUUGUUGCAUAAUAAAACCUCAUGCUGUCCAAGCGGACUUGAUCGGAAAUAUUGUUGAAGACAUUCAAAAAUCCGGUUACACAAUAUCUGCGCUUCAGCAAUUCAAUAUCGACCCAAUAAACGCCGAAGAAUUUCUCGAAGUCUACAAAGGAGUUUUAGCCGAUCACGGGGCUAUGGUCGCUGAAUUACAGUCGGGACCUUGCGUCGCCAUGGAAAUAACUCACAAAGAUGAAUCCAUAAAUGUUCCGCUCGAGUUUAGAAAACUUUGUGGUCCAAUGGAUCCAGAAAUUGGUAAACAAUUACGACCGAAUACUUUACGCGCGAAAUACGGAAACACAAAAAUCCAAAAUGCUGUUCAUUGUUCGGAUUUACCCGAAGACGGUUUGCUUGAAGUGGAAUAUUUCUUCCGCAUUCUCGACAGUUGAAUGAAAAUUAAGACAUCCAAACUUUUUGUACCGACAAAUAAUUGUUAUUUUUUUAAUCUUAUAAAUAUAAAUAAAUAUUUAAAUGAAAAAUAUAAAUAUGUGCAUUAUUAAUU